AUCAUUUUCAUCACCAAUAUUUCAAAUUAAACGAAACACCAUAAAUACAAAUAAGAUUAGAAAGAUGUCUGCGGUUCGGCUAAGGAACGCAAACACUCCGGCUCCGGAGCUCGACGAGUUUUCCGAUGAGCCACCGUCAGAAACACGGGUGCUCAGAAGACAGAUGUCAGUGUCUCAGCGAGCCAUGUCAAACACGCUGACGUCAGCAGCCAAUCUCUCAAACCUGCUCCCAACGGGAACACUCCUCGCGUUUCAACUCCUAACGCCCGUUUUCACUUCGAACGGCGUUUGCGACCACGCAACGCGUUUCCUAACCGCCGUUCUCCUCUACCUCUUGGCCGCGUCUUGCUUCGUCAGCUCCUUCACCGAUAGCGUCAAAGCCGACGACGGAACUAUCUACUUCGGUUUCGUCACGUUCAAAGGCAUGUGGGUCGUUGACUAUCCUGACCCGUCCGGGUUGGGUUUACCCGAUUUAUCCAAAUAUCGGAUGCGGGUCGUUGAUUGGAUCCACGCUACGUUGUCGGUUUUAGUGUUCGGAGCCGUUGCGUUGAGAGAUAAGUAUGUAACGGACUGCUUUUGUCCGUCGCCGGAGGCAGAGACGAAACAUGUCUUGGACAUUGUUCCGGUGGGUGUUGGUGUUAUGUCCAGCCUUUUGUUUAUGGUUUUCCCGACGAGACGUCACGGCAUUGGUUAUCUUGUCACCGGAAAUGUUGACCGGCGGUGAUUUACAUUCAAACACGGUUGCGUUUUCAAGGUGGGAUGACUAUAUUAUUUCUUCGUUUGUUUUCUUGUUUGUUUGUAUUCAUACGUUACGAAAUUUCUUAUAAUGUACAUUAAUAAAUUAUAUCUAGCUAUUGAAAAUUAUAUAAGCAAACGGUCUCAUAUAUGUCUAUAACUUUUUUAUUAAUUAUAUAUUACCAUU